UUCUCUGCCGCUGCGGGUCUCUCGAAAGAUCAAAUUGAGAGCCGCGUUCUUGAGGUCCUCAAAGGUUUCGAGAAAGUUGACCCUUCUAAGCUGAGCACUUCGUCACGGUUCUCAGAAGAUUUGGGUUUGGAUAGUCUGGAUGCGGUGGAAGUAGUUAUGGCCGUGGAGGAGGAAUUUUCGAUAGAAAUCCCUGACGCCGAGGCCGACGAUAUCACCAGCGUCCAGCAAGCUAUCGAUUACAUUGCCAAGACGCCCGAA